UCCAUCCCAUCCUACUAAACUCGGAGUACAUGCAUAUACACUUCAUCAAAAAUUCGAGAACACCGUGUGUACUCGACGAGAGGCGAGGAACGAUCGAACCUGAGAGAGUCUUCAAGGGAUUGUUAUCUCCGUAAGAAAAAAUCCCCUCAAGUGUCUCAUAAAAAAAAGAAAAAAAAAAAAAGUGCGUCGCUGUCGUUACGUACUUCUGUUUCUUCGGGUUAACGAGAAAAGUGGCCAUUAGCCUCCGUGCCUCCAUGUUCUUCUCGUAGGUGCUAGUAUUACCAUGAUUUCCAUAACAAAUGGUGCAAAAUCAAGGCGACGAGAACGACGACGACGACGACAGCAUGAUCGGCGUGAAUAGGGAAUUUAGCGAAGAGAGAAGAGAUCGCGGAAAGAUCGAAGAAGAGAAGAACGGGCAGCGAAGACGUCGAAGAAGAAGGGCGGAGAAUAGGGAUGGCAAAUGUCAUUAAGGUAGCGUGAUGUUUUUAAUUAAUUAAUUCGCGGUAGCUAUGGAUUUACCUUCUCAUAAAUUCCAGUGCAGUGCGUCGACGAGCGAGGGAGGGGGUUCGAGAAACCAUCGUCCUCCGAGGGACGAUAUAACGAGGGAGACGAGACGGAAGGAAAAAGAACAAAGGACAGACGGAGGAGGGUGUGCUGCAGAGUAUUUAAAAAUAUUAAGUACCCCCGACGGAGACGGAUAUUAAGACAGAGCCGUGAGCUGAAAUCAACGAAGGGAUGGAAGGAGGGUGGUGGAGCGAAAGAGAAAAAGUA